CAUCAGCCCUCUUCUCUCCCCACCUGUCCGCAGCUGCUUCUACAUUUCCACUCCUACGUCUCGUCGCCAGUUACUCGGAGCAUUGGGCAUCGAGCCUUGACUUUCUCCAUCAUGCAUCUCAACACCGCACGGCUUCUCGCCUUUUCUCUGGGGCUUUUCGCCGCAUCUGCUAGUUCUGCUUCUCUUUCCGACUUUACGCCGCGGGUCCAAGGACUUACAGGGACUUGCAUGAAAGUCUACAACAAGGACAUUGAUGGCUGCACGGGAGAUGAUCUUUCGACGGGCGAGAACUGCUCACUGUCAUGCAUCACCGGAUUGAUCAAGGUCCAAGGCGAGGUACAAGCCAGUUGCGCUAGCGCCGAUGUGGAAGAGAACUCUAUAGUUGGCGUCUUCUUGCGCGGCGCAGGGCCGGGCAUCAUCUGCCGGAAUGUCGCGGCAACGACGCUCGGCGGUUCUUCAAGCACCAAAACUUCCGACAGUUCAGCGUCAGCCACGAUGCGUAUCUCGUCCGUCACUUCAAUACCAACCAGUAUCGCUUUCGACACCAGCUCCUCAUCCACCGCCAGUUCCACCAAGUCCACGGAUACAACAAACACCGCCGAUAGCACUUCAGCAUCAUCGACGGAAACUGCCAUCUCGACUACUGCUAGCGGUACUACUACCUUCAAGUCGUCUUCUUCGGUGAGCUCAACUACGACCGACAAGCCGGCCUCCACGAGCAAAGGCUCAGACACCAAGACUGGUGGCGGCAGUCCUUUCGACAUAGCCGAAGAGGGGUCUGGCGCCUCCGCCCCAAUCAUUUCAGCAUGGCUCCUAGGAACAGCACUCCUUUUGUGCGGAACCCUGGCUUAGAACGAAUCGCGUUCAGACCGUUUGAACUUUCUCAAAGACCG